AUGCUGAGCAUAUUAGUUUUUGCCUUAACGGUAUGUCAUUGUGCUUCUAAUUUACACUUUGAAGACCCGCAACAAAUCGGCCCUCCUCUUCUCAGUCCUUUGGAAGAUGCUAAAGUUAUGUGUGUUUACGACGACACCAUGUAUGACUUGGAAGCUGUACUUGAUAUCACACCUGAUGACUGUAGCACAACUGGAAGAUGCAUGUUGAAAGAGUUGGAAUUUGGAGCCGAAUGGAAACAGGUCAAAAUGGCUUGCAAAGAACCGAUGCACCCUGGUAAAUGUUACGACGAUAAAGAUGAGUGGUUGGCUGGUUGUUCAUUGAAGCGUUGCAUCAAACAUCCAGAUGGAACAUUUGAAGAGAAAACAAUCGAACAAGUUCCAGAAGGUGAUCCUGUUGUUAAAGUAUUGAAUGAUGGUUGUCAAUUUUCCAGCUGCCAGUCAAUUGCACCAGGUUGUUAUUACAAACGAGAAAAGAAAUGCUACCCUGUAGGAACGAGAAAACGGGUUGGAUGUAGCAGAAUUGAAUGCAGGCUUGAUGAAACAGGAAAGAAAGCCUCGUUCGUGGGAACUACGACACAAUGUCGGUCAUUUGGAAAGUGUGUUGAUGUCGGUGCAAUAUGGUUCAAUAAAAAAAGAUGUGUCGAUCAGAAAUGUACUAAAACUGUCGACGAGUUUGGAACGGAAUUACACCGUGUAGAAAGAACACGAGGUUGUAGAUUAUACGGCGUAUGUAAUGCAGCUGGGCAUACAAUACAGGUUAACCCUUGUUCAGAACUCGUCUGUGCCAGAACUGGUCGUUGGGUUUAUAGUAAAAGAGGUUGUUUUAUUGAUGGUCAGUGCAAAGAGCAUCUUGUAGAAUGGAAAAACUCUGUUUGUGACACCGAAAAGUGCUUUGUGACAAUAAGUAGCAGAAAUGGACCAAAAGUGCAGAUAAGACACGUAAAGUCAGGUUGUAAAGAUUCCAAAGGAACCUGUCGUGGCGUGAAGGAGACAUGGAAUGAACCAUCAAUGGAUAUCGAUGGCACUUGUCCUAGUUCAUUCAAGGCGGUGGCAAAAUGCUGGUGGUAUAAGAUGGUAGUUUCUUACGAAAGCAAAUGUUCAAAUGAUGAGGGGAGUAACAGAAAAUAA